AUGCCAGUUUUCACCGCUGGAAUUUAAGUUGACAGUUGAUGUCAUCGUUUAGGUUAGUAAGUUGAGAAUUUUCAAAUACAUCUCUGGUCCGUGAAAUAUCAAUUCCGAAUUUCUAGCUUAUUUUUAUCCGUUUACAAUGGACGAUACCAAAGAUGAGAAUCAAUUUGUCGUUGAUGACGUCAGCAAGAUAAUAAAGGAUGCAAUUGAAAGCACGAUUGGUGGUAAUGCCUACCAGCACGACAAAGUGAAUAAUUGGACCGGAUCUGUGGUUGAGACGUGCUUGGGAGUGUUGACUAAGCAACAGAAGCCUUAUAAAUAUAUAGUGACUUGUAUGAUUAUGCAGAAGAACGGUGCUGGUUUGCAUACGGCAAGCUCAUGCUUUUGGAAUAACGAAACAGAUGGAUCGUGUACUGUCCGCUGGGAAAACAAAACCAUGUAUUGCAUUGUAUCUGUUUUCGGAUUGGCAAUAUAAGCACGUGACUGUGCACUGGAAAGUCCCGUUCUUGUUUUUUUUCCGUAACUUAUUACUUUUCAUUGAAUAGUUAAAACUGAAUUAUGAUUAAAUAAAUGUAUUUAUGCGCUUACUUCCAACCGAAUCAUGUGCUGAGCUUCUCGUUAUUCUAUCGUGUAGGACAUAAAUAAAUGAAGUAAAUACAUAAAUUUACGUUAAAUUCUAAAAUCAGUUGGAUCAUUAUUGGUAGAUAUGAAGUUAAUUAUUGGAUAAAUGUAGGCAUUUAGAAACAUUUAAAUUAAAAAAGAAAUUAAGUAUUAAAAAUGUAUAUUGGAAAUUUAUAUUUUUGUAUUCACUGUUCAUAUUGAAUUCUUUUGUAUCGUACCCGAUUAAGUACAUAAUUCAAGACGUUUGUUUACCACGUAUUUAAUCGCACUGUUCCACAUAAUCAUUUACCUCCCUGCAGUUAAUAUUGGGAAAAUAUACAGCAAACAACUAACAACAAAAA